CAGGAGGGGAUUAAGUUGCAAAACUCCCGAGGCGGAGGGAGCCAUAUUGCAAUCCUGCUGAAAGAGGGAACUUGACAACAACAACAACAAUAAUAAUAAUAAUAAUAAUAAAAAAAAACCUUAAAAAUAGAAAACGAAGCAAACCUUUGGACAUCUUCAUGUACUGGAUUUUUUUUGUUUUAUUUUGUUUUUUGUAAUAUCGAUACUAUACGCGAAGAAAGUGUAACUUUUUUUUUUUUGCACUAUAAUUAACGGUACUACAGAACUACUGAGAAUCCUAAUUUAUCACUACAAAGAAACAAAUUAUCACACUCUGUGGAAGGACGCAGCACAGACACAACCAGCACUUUUUGAACCUGUUUCAUCGAAGUUCUGGUUCCCACACCUCAUCCUGCCUGCCUGGAGAGCAUCUGUGUUGUUGCAAAGCACAGAUAAACAAAUUGGCCCCAGUGGAUACGUUCAAGGUUAGACGCACCUGGGAAACUUCAGCAGUCAGCUAUGCAGCUAGAAAUCCAAGUAGCUCUCAACUUUAUCAUCUCGUACCUGUACAACAAGCUGCCACGGAGACGGGUCAACAUUUUUGGGGAGGAACUGGAGAGGCAGCUGAAGCAGAAAUAUGAGGGACACUGGUAUCCAGACAAGCCAUACAAGGGCUCAGGAUUCAGAUGCAUCCAUGUGGGAGAGAAGGUAGACCCUGUGGUGGAGAAGGCAGCCAAAGAGAGCGGGCUGGACAUUGACGACGUCCGUAACAACCUGCCCGAGGACCUCAGUGUGUGGAUCGAUCCAUUUGAGGUGUCCUAUCAGAUUGGGGAGAAGGGGCCAGUCAAAGUGCUGUAUGUCGAUGACAGCAACGACAGUGGAGCUACCAGUGGGGUGCUUGAUCUGGACAAGGAGAUCAAGAACAGUUUUAAUCCUGAUGCACAGGUCUUCAUGCCCAUUAAUGAAGCACUUAAUGGCACUUCUCCAUGCUCCAGCUCACCUUCUCCUCCUUUUGGUCACUCAGCAGCGGUCAGCCCCACCUUCAUGCCCAGAUCCACGCAGCCUUUAACCUUCACAACAGCCAGUUUUGCUGCCACCAAGUUUGGCUCCACAAAGAUGAAGAGCAGUGGACGCAGUAACAAUGGCAACAGCAGUACUGGGAACAAGGUGACACGUACCUCUCCCACCAACCUGGGCCUGAAUGUGAACAGUCUCCUGAAACAGAAAGCCAUCUCCACCUCCAUGCACUCUCUGUAUGGGUUGGGCCUUGGAACCCAACAACAGCACCAGAAGUCCUCAGCCCUGUCUCCCAAUGCCAAGGAGUUUGUGUUCCCGAGCCUUCAGGGCCAGGGCAGCCAGAGUGCUCUCUUCCCCAGCGACAGCUCGCUAGGCCUCAACCCUCUGCAGUACAGCAAUGCCUUCGAUGUAUUUGCGGCCUAUGGUGGCCUUAACGACAAGUCCCUUAUGGAUGGCUUGAAUUUCAGCUUGAACAACAUGCAGUAUUCUAACCAGCAAUUCCAGCCAGUUAUGGCCAACUAGUACACAUAAAGGUACUACUUAAGCUACUACUACAACACACAGAAAUGACCAGAGAUAAUGUGAUUUUUGGGGAGGAUGGGAAUAAGUCCACAUUUUGAAAAUGAAAAAAAAAAAAAACAGAACCAAGAAGAGAAUGUUAAGGAUGAAAUGAAAAUGACUUGUGAACUGUAAGAUCUGUAUUACGAGUCCAAACAUAUGAGCCCGAGGGUGAAUGACUUUGCCCCCUUGAGUUACCCCCCACCCCCACCCCCAACAUUGAAACUUGUAGUACAAGAUGUCCAAGCUUGGUUACCUAAACUUUAACUUUUACAUGCACCAUUGUUUUUCUUUUUCCAGUUUUUUUUUUUUUUUUUUUUUUUUUGCCAACCAAGCACAAUACAUUUUUUUAUUUGACUGUUUUAUGAUCAUAAAAAAGGAAAAAAAAAAAAAACACAAGUCAUGGCCUCUUUCAGUAUUUAAACUGGACACUGCCAAUUUGUCGAGAAAUUGGCAUUAAUAAGUGGGAUUUUCUGGUCUUUUUUUCUAAUUGUAUAAUUUAAUUUAGUACAGAGUUUGUAAAAUAUCAGAGUAUCUAUUGUUUUUACAACAUGGUAUUGCAUUUAUAUCUUUUUACUACUCCAGUGAUCUGUGAUGGCUGCAGCAACUUUGUUUUUUAUGGAAAUUAUAAAAUGAAUCCAUCUUAUAUAUAUAUAUAUUAAAGAAAAAGAAAAACAUUGACUAUUUGAAAGAUUGUAUACAGAAUAUUCCAUAGUGGUGGGAUUUAAAGAAUAUUUGCUUUUUUUGGAAAAACAUAAGAGUUGUAUUUUCUGUUAAAAAUUUAAAGAUUUUUGCUAUAUUAUGGACAAAAUGUAAUCGUAUAUUAAUUUUGUACCUACAUUGUGCAAUACUAGAUAAAACAAACUGUAUAACAAAGUAUUCGGCGUCUGUGUCUUUCAUGUUCAGAGGGACUGGUAGUUUCAUACGUUUGUAUUAAAACCUUUGAAAAUGA